AUGAAGCCGCUCCUGUUGAUUUUGACCAAAAGAGGCUUGUCACUUUGCAGGUUUGCCGGAGAUUUGGGCAGAUGCGGGAAUGCCAAGGCUUCUCUGAGUUUGAACCAAUCGGCAUGGACGGCUCAGAGCCAGAUCAGAAGACUCAGCUUGGCGAGUGGCCAGUGGCAGGACUUGUCCCAAAAAGCUGAAAUCUAUGUGAAGGAAAACGCGAAGUUAUGUCAACCUGACAACAUCCACAUUUGCGAUGGAUCGGAAGAAGAAAAUGACCAACUUCUGGAACUAAUGAGGCUACAAGGAACCAUCAUUCCCUUACCAAAAUAUGACAACUGUUGGUUGGCGCGCACGAACCCUGCCGACACCGCCCGAGUCGAGUCGAAGACGUUCAUCUGCACCGAGAAGCGGUCCGACACCAUCCCUACGCCCAAGAAGGGCGUCAAGGGCGCGUUGGGCAACUGGAUGCCGCCCCAGGACAUGGACGAGGUGGUCAGGGAGCGGUUCGAAGGGUGCAUGCGGGGCAGGACCAUGUACGUGGUACCCUUUUCCAUGGGGCCGGUGGCUUCCCCCCUUUCCAAAAUCGGCAUCGAGCUGACCGACUCUCCGUACGUGGUGGCCUCUAUGCGCAUCAUGACGCGCAUGGGCAGGCCCGUACUAGCCGAACUCGCCAAGGGCGCCGAGUUCGUCAAGUGCCUGCACUCGGUGGGUGCCCCGCAGGACGGCCGCCUGGAGUACCCGAGCUGGCCUUGCGACCCCCAGAGGACCGUCAUUCUGCACAAGCCACAGAACGACGAGAUCGUGUCCUACGGCAGCGGGUACGGGGGGAAUUCGCUGCUGGGGAAGAAGUGUUUGGCGUUGAGGAUCGGGUCGACGAUCGCUAAGAAGGAAGGGUGGUUGGCAGAGCAUAUGCUGAUCCUGGGCAUCACCAACCCCGAAGGCAAAAAACGCUACAUCGCCGCCGCCUUCCCCUCGGCCUGCGGCAAAACCAACCUGGCCAUGAUGACCCCCUCCUUGCCAGGCUACAAGCUGGAGUGCGUCGGAGACGACAUAGCUUGGAUGCGCUUCGACAGCCACGGCCAACUGCGCGCCAUUAACCCCGAGAAUGGAUUCUUCGGCGUGGCUCCUGGCACUUCGAGAGCAAGCAAUCCCAUAGCCAUGGACACGAUCUUCAGGAACACCAUGUUCACUAACGUGGCUACCACCAGCGAUGGGGGGGUGUUCUGGGAGGGUAUGGAGAAGGAGGUGUCUCCUGAUGCGGAGAUUACUGACUGGCGAGGCAACAAGUGGGACAAGUCUGGACCUGCUGCUCAUCCCAACUCCAGGUUUUGUACACCUGCUCACCAGUGCCCCAUCAUAGACCCCAUGUGGGAGCACCCUGAGGGGGUACCGAUUUCAGCGAUACUUUUCGGGGGUCGUAGGCCCGCCGGGGUGCCCCUAGUGUAUGAAGCGAGGGACUGGAAACACGGGGUGUUCAUUGGUGCCUCGAUGAGAUCAGAGUCUACCGCAGCUGCAGAACAUAAAGGCAAAACGAUAAUGCACGAUCCAUUCGCAAUGCGCCCAUUCUUCGGCUACAACUUCGGCCACUACCUCGACCACUGGCUCUCCAUGGAGAAGCGCUCCCAAUCCCUCCCAAAGAUCUUCCACGUCAACUGGUUCCGCAAGGGCAGCCAGGGCGAAUUCCUCUGGCCAGGUUUCGGGGAGAACUCGCGAGUCCUGGACUGGAUCCUGCGCAGACUGGACCAAGAGGAUUGCGCCAGGGACACGCCCAUUGGGCUAGUGCCCAAGCCAGGGACACUGGCGUUAGGGGGGAUCGAGGACAAAGUGGAUAUGGAGCAGUUGUUCGAUCUCCCCAAGGGGUUCUGGAUGGAGGAAGCGGAGGCGAUAGGGAGGUACUUUGAGGAGCAAGUGGGGGAGGAUUUGCCGAGGGAGGUUGCUAGGCAGCUGGAAGAGCUGAAGAGGCGGGUUGGGGAUAUGUGA